AUGGAUCCACAAUUUUAUGAAGACGUUGCUCCCCUUCUUAUGCCUAUCGAGAGCCCAACAAGGAACCGCACUACAACUCCAACGAGCUUGAAAACCCCGUCUUAUCCUGCACCAGUAACCACAACAUCGCCUAUUCCACUGGAUGGACAUAUUCAAUACCCAGAACUCAUGUCGCAACACCAGCUCAAGCAAGGCUACGCACCUUCUCUGCAAUCAAUGUUUAAUUACCAUACGUCAUAUUGA